AUGUCUUUUGUUCCUCGCCUCCGGUUGCUCGCGCAAUGUGGUUCGCGCACUAGUCUCACCUCUGUGCGUCGACAGCUACCGUUGAGCGCCCCUCGUCACAUAUCAUAUUUCUCUCCUGCUCGUCGAGACGCCAGCCAUGCUCAAACUGCAUCUUCUCACCCGCUACCCGUACUAUCUUCCAGCUGGGUCGAGCGCGCGCCGAAGGGCUUACGUCCCUAUCUGUACUUAACACGUAUCGACAAGCCUAUUGGAACAUUACUACUCUUCUACCCAUGCACAUGGUCUAUCACCAUGGCGUCGUAUUCCCUCAACACGAGCCCUACUGUUCCUCUCACCUACAUCGCGCUCUUCGGCGUCGGUGCGCUUGUCAUGCGUGGCGCUGGCUGCACUAUUAAUGAUAUGUGGGAUCAUAAGCUUGACAAGGCUGUCGAACGCACACGAGCACGACCGAUCGCCGCGGGAGACAUAACGCCUCGCCAGGCAUUUUGGUCGCUUGCGCCCCAACUCUCCGCCGGGCUGGCUGUCUUAACGCAGCUCAAUUGGUACAGUAUCCUGCUUGGGGCAUCGUCACUCUCCUUGGUGGUCGUCUACCCCUUCAUGAAGCGCAUCACGUAUUGGCCACAGGCCGUCCUCGGGCUGGCCUUUAAUUGGGGCGCCCUGCUUGGCUGGUCUGCCGUUGCCGGUUCCGUCGACUGGGCCGUCGCGGCGCCACUGUACGCAGGCGGUGUGCUUUGGACGCUCGUAUAUGACACAAUCUACGCGCAUCAAGACAAAGCCGACGACGUACUUGUCGGCAUCCGCUCGAGUGCGCUCUUCCUCGGUCGACGCACCCGUCCAGUACUGGGAGCUUUCUCCGCUGGCGCCGUCGGCCUCAUCUCAUAUGCGGGUUUCCUAAAUGACCACGGUGCACUCUUCUUUGCGGGAGCUGGUCUCGCUGGUGCCCAACUAGCACGUAUCGUGUGGCGCACAAAUUUCGACGAUCGGAAGAGUUGCUGGGACGGGUUCGUCGGGUGUGGGAAGGCUGGGUUGCUCAUCUGGGCAGGCGCAAUCGCCGAUUAUACGUACAUGAAGGUCACACAGACCGACGAGCCUAAGAAACAGGACUAG